CCUCACAAUUUGCUCUGAAAUCCAACUUGGUGCAAGUUGCUACGUACUAGUAGUACCGGUAUACGUCGCUUCAUUCGAAGACAAUGACACGAUCCUCAACAAGGCAACUAUUUGCAGUGAUAGUACUGUUAUCAUAUUUCAUUGAUGAAGUCAGACCUGGCGCUGCCAUUGAGGCAAUCUCGCAGCCUUUCUUGGGUCUGAACUGGGAUGUCCUGAUCACAAAUUGGCAGCCUCCGCAAUGGAUCUGCAAUGUCGCCUACUACACACUGCCGGAACUCUGUAUUUCUGCGAAUGCGACUAGUAAAUUUUAUGGUUCACCUCGAGACAAGGCCAAGCAAUGGGUUGCAGAAAACUGUGCCGCCAGUGGCUUUGUGAGUCCAGAUCAACUAGCACAAUUGGAGAUUCUCGCCGAGUUUUACUAUUCGACGGGAAACAAUGACAGAUGGGGACCACUCAAGAACUUGCAAUGGAUGACGGACUGUGAUCCAUGUGGAAAUUUUUGGGAGAGAGUCUUGUGUCAUGGCACACGCAAGAAUAUCACACAGAUUUUUCUUCCUGACAUUUGGCCACCACUACAGGGUCCUCUACCGGUCAGCUUUGCAAAUCUAACCGAACUUGAAUUCUUGUUCUUGCACAACAAUGCGUUUGAAGGAGAAGUGCCAGACGAGUGGGGGCGAUUGUUUAACUUGAAUGUUGCUUACCUGCACGGGAACCGUUUGAAUGGCACAGUGCCCGAGUCUGUUUGUGCUCUGCGCGACGGAAACUUGCAAGAACUCAGUGCGGAUUGCGAGGGUGGUUCAUCGGGGGUUAGCUGCGACUCGGAUUGCUGUACCGCAUGCCUGGAUGAACACAUUGCUCCAUUCUUUUUGAUUGGAGGUGAUGCCGGGCCUGUCGGUUUGGGUUCUCCCUGAAAGCUCUUUACUUCGUUGAAAAUCGUGCGGGGUACCGGCAUGCACGAAGACGCAACAAUACACACUCUCUCCACGAUAAACAGAACACAAUUCAAGCACAACGUGAAUACUAUUUUGAUGCAUUGAUGGCUUCACAGAACGCUAUAAUCAGGUGUGAGAUCAAGUUUUCGCACAACUACGACGAAAGCAGGACAUUUCGAACCCGGUUCAAGUUCAUCCCCACCAAGACACAGCAAACCAAUCACAACGUUUCCUCUUCCUGACGAUAUCACAUUCGAUCUGAGUUAGUUUUGAUCCAGCAUGAGCCACAUCAGUACCUCUACUAGUGCGAACCAGUACCUCGGUUCAAAUGAGAUUGUCUGAAUGGGUUCAAGGAAUGGUUGCAUGAGCGCAAAGGGGCUUCUGAAGAGGAGCAAAAUGCAGCUUCUGAGGGUUUCGGUGCUCUUCUUUUGGCUCGUGAACCAUAAUAGCUUACCUCGGCCCCGCGGUUACGUUGGUUGCGUUGGCACUGGCGAAAAUUGAGGCCGCACGGCAGCGUUGAAGAAACCAAAGAGCCAAGACGAUUAGCUCUAGUCAUUGUCCGACAGACUUUAAUACAAAAGGAAGGGGGCCCAUUAUCAGUGUGGUUGGUUGGCUCUGAGUUGGGUGUUUUCUUCUCUAUUUGUUGUGUUGCAAACCCACGUUUGAUGAUGAAGUACUAAAAGUGAUCAACAAUAAUUUUUAAUGCCAUAGCGAAUUCCCCAUAUCCAACCUUUC